UGAAAGCCUCCAUCUUAGAGCGCGACAGCGGAGAAGAGCAGCAGAGAUGGCAGAUUAUAGCAGCGUGGCUCCCCCGUCCUCUAACGCUGGAGGUGGAAUGAACGACGCUUUCAAAGACGCUCUGCAGCGAGCAAGACAGAUUGCAGCGAAGAUCGGCGGAGAUGGCGUUACGACACCCCCAACCAACGAGUUUGGCUACGGAGGCCAGAAAAGGCCCCUGGAGGACGCUGGUGGGUAUUUUCCCAUGCCUAACCUGAAUAUCGAUCAACCAGAGACAAAGAAAGUCGCUACAAAUGAUGCCUUUGCAGCUAUGGGAGGAAUGGGUGGCCCCCAAAGGUCAAUGUCAGAAGACUUCAAGGUUCCAGAUGGGAUGGUUGGAUUCAUUAUUGGAAGAGGAGGAGAGCAAAUAUCGCGGAUCCAGCAGGAGUCCGGGUGUAAAAUACAGAUUGCUCCUGAUAGCGGUGGAAUGCCAGACCGAUCUGUUACACUAACAGGAUCUCCAGAAUCAAUCCAGACUGCAAAGAGGUUAUUAACAGAAAUAGUAGAGAAGGGACGUCCAGCUCCCGUGUUCCACCACAACGAAGGCCCGGGAAUGACUGUUCAGGAAAUCAUGGUGCCUGCUACUAAAGCUGGCCUCGUCAUCGGAAAGGGAGGAGAAACCAUCAAAAGCCUUCAGGAGCGAGGUGGGGUUAAGAUGGUCAUGAUUCAAGAUGGACCUCAAAACACGGGCGCAGACAAGCCACUUCGCAUUUCAGGAGAUCCCUUUAAAGUUCAGCAAGCCAAAGAGAUGGUGAUGGAGCUGAUCAGAGACCACGGCUUCAGGGAGCAGAGGGGCGAGUAUGGCUCAAGGCUCGGAGGAGGAGACAGCUUAGAUGUUCCAGUCCCACGGUUUGCUGUAGGAAUUGUUAUUGGCAGGAAUGGAGAAAUGAUCAAGAAAAUCCAGAAUGACACAGGAGUCAGAAUUCAGUUUAAACCAGAUGAUGGCACCACACCCGACAGGAUAGCACAAAUCAUGGGUCCGCCAGACCAGACUCAGCAUGCAGCAGAGAUAAUCACUGACCUGCUGACGAGCGUUCAGGCUGGAGGACCCCCAGGACAUGGGGGUGGCAGAGGGCGUGGUCGUGGGCAGGGCAACUGGAACAUGGGCCCUCCCGGUGGCCUGCAGGAGUUUACCUUCACCGUCCCAACCAUGAAAACUGGUCUGAUCAUUGGAAAAGGUGGUGAGACAAUCAAGGGCAUCAGCCAACAGUCUGGCGCCAGGAUCGAGCUGCAGAGGAAUCCUCCACCCAAUUCUGAUCCCAACUUAAAGAUGUUCACAAUCAGGGGCUCCCCUCAACAGAUCGACUACGCCAGGCAGCUGGUGGAGGAGAAAAUAGGGGGUCCGGUUACUCCAAUGGGUGGCCCACAUGGUCCACCUGGUCCACAUGGCGGACCAGGCCCACAUGGCCCUCCGGGACCACCAGGUCCUCCAGGGGCUCCAAUGGGACCUUACAACCCCGGACCAUACAACCAGGGGCCUCCAGGACCACAUGGCCCUCCUGCUCCUUAUCAACCUCAAGGAUGGGGCAAUGGGUAUCCCCACUGGCAGCAGGGACAACCUGAUCCAAAUAAAGCAGCAGCUGAUGCCAACGCUGCAGCGUGGGCUGCCUACUACGCUCAGUAUGGCCAGCAGCCGCAGCCCUCGAUGACUCCAGCCAGCGGAGCUCCAGGAACGGCUCAGCCCAACGGCCAAGGUGAUCCACAGGCUCCAGGUCAGGGUGGACAGACAGAUUACACCAAGGCCUGGGAGGAAUAUUACAAGAAAAUGGGUCAGCAGAACCAGCCACCUCAGGACUACACUAAAGCCUGGGAGGAGUAUUACAAGAAACAAGGCCAAGCUGCGCCUCAGCCCGCACCAGCUGCUGCAGCACCAGCCGCGCAGCCUGGAGGCCAGCCGGACUACAGCGCCGCCUGGGCCGAGUACUACCGGCAGCAGGCUGCUUACUACGGCACAGCCAACCCUCAGGCCAUGGGUGGAGCGCCACAAGCCCCUCAGGUACACCCCCGUUAAGAAUCUGCUCGUUAUAUUCUCUUAAACCACCAUCUUUGUGUCAUAACCUUCCUUCCUCAGGGUUUUACAGGGAUCCAGUGACAACCACAGCCUCAAAAACUUAACCAAACUACUCUUUCCCCCUUUUUUUAGCUUUUUAUUUUGGGAAGCUGAGUCCACUGUUUCUGCUGUUAACAUGCAAUGUAUCUUCUAUGUAUUUCCUCUGCACAGGGCCAGUAAUGUGAAGUGGACAUAAAGUAAAUGCUACAUUGUCGAAACAAAAUCCUUUGUUAAAUGUUUGGAUGCUGACGCCUUGAUGAAGAUCUUAAAUUUCCUUGGUUUGAAAGUGUUUCACAUAGAUGGCAGAUUACCCGGCGAACACGUCCUCUCUGAUUUAUUUCUUCUGUUUUUUGUUUUUUUUUGUUUGUUUGUUUUUUUUUCUUGUAAAUGCUAUGUUUUUAGUGAGGUAAUUAUACAUACGGUCAUUCCAGCCCUGUAUCUACAUUAAAUGUGGUUAGAACUCCUGUUUAAUAAACUGUAGACAUUACAAUGUAAAUCAUCUCAGUUUUAAAAAUGCUAUUAUUGCCUGUUGUGUUUUUGCAAUAAAACAAACUGAAACCUCCUGUGUUGGUAAGUUGGGGUGGUCCAAUCCAAACGAGUUUAAAUCAAUGUGUUGUUUUUUUUUUUGUUUACCUGUUUGGGGAGGAGUUUGAAAAGUAGGUUGUGUGGGUUGAAUUGUCCUAAAAAGUUGACAGAAGUUGUGCUGUCCUGUCUCUCUCCAACUGUUCAUAAGGCUCUUAGAAAUAUGUGCGUGCUGUGAUCCAGAACGGUUCAAUUGUCCUCGCUGGUAGACGGUUUUCUUUGACACUUCCUGUUUUCUCUGACAUUGCUGAUUGUAGCAGUAGACACAUUUGAGGUAUCUGUACCGUAUCGCGCAUCAACUGUUGCUGUGGCUCUCUGCUU